AUGGACAUCGAAGAGUCGAUUGAGGUGGACGAGAUUCCCGAGACUCUCCCUCCCCCACCUUCACGAGCCACCGCCCGUCGUGCGCCUCAACCAUCCGCCAAUCAACGUCAGCCGGCAGCAGCACACCGUCGAGCAGGAAGCGCGUCGGACUCAGAGCGAGAUCCAGCGUUGAGGCGAAAGCUAGGUGACAUCACCAGGAAGCUAGAGGCCAUGACAACCAAGUAUGAGAGCUUGAAAGAAGUCGCAACAUCCGGCAAAGACACGAACUUCGACCAACUGAAGCGAAAGACAGAACAGGCUUCCAAGGACCAAGACGCUAUCAUCAAGGCGCUGAAACAGCAAAUCGCCGAAUACCAGUCCCGAACCUCAGACAUGUCUGCCAUGAAGAAAGACGUCACAAAACUAGAGAAGGAGAAUUCUCGCCUCGCAUCCGAGAACAAGACACUCACGAGCUCCCUGUCCUCGGCACAGAACGAGAACAAGGCACUUACCGCGAAGCUGGCAGCGGCCCGCUCCUCUGUCCCUCCUGAGUCCAAAAACGUCCCUGGAAGCGCCGUAAAGCCGCGCUCAGUCGUACUCCCCGGUUCUGCGGAAGCCGCCAAGGAAGCACAGCUCCGACAGCUCAAAGAAGACCUCUACAGCGACUUGACCGGCCUGAUCGUCCGCGGCGUGAAGAAAGGCAGCGAAGGAGAAGACGUGUAUGAUUGCUUACAAACUGGUCGCAAUGGAACCCUCCAUUUCCACCUAUCAGUCGCAGCAGACGGUGACAACUAUGACGAUACCGAGUUCGGGUACUCACCGCUAUUGGACGAGAAUAGGGACAAGGAUCUGUUAGAUAUUCUGCCAGAUUAUCUGACUGAGGAGAUUGCGUUCCCGAGAUGCCAUGCCUCGAAGUUUUAUAUGAAAGUUGUCGAUUGUAUGACAAAGAAGGUUGUUAUUGAGGAGUGA